AUGGGUAACAGAAGAGAGAUGGCUACUCCUGAAAAUACUGACGAUGAAAGCGGUGAAGUCUUCACUGACGGUGACUUUGAGGACUCCGAAGAUGAACCAGUUGAACGUGAAAUUGAUGCUAAAAUUGCAUCAAUUCCUGUUAUUGAUACUGUUAAUGUAACUAUAAACAAUGAUGCGAAUGAACUCGACGGAGAUAUUAAAAGUGUGGAGAGUGGUACUGAUUGCGCUGUGCAAAGUGAUGAAAUAGUGGAUGCGCGGGAUUCUGAUGAAGAAAAUAAUAAUAGCCCAUCUUUAAUUGGCAUUCUCGGAGAUCAGCAAACUCAUGCUGAACAGCGACUGGCGGCGCGACGGGCUGCGAGGGCGGAGGCACGCGAGAUACGCAUGAGGGAAUUGGAGAGACAGCAGAGAGAACAGGAGGACCAUGCUGAUAAAGCUUACGACAUGUAUGCAGAAACUGUGGGACGUCGUGGUGCAACCAGACUAGCGUCCCUCAGUCCGGCGGGACUGCACUCGCCGAGGCGGAGUUCGGAGGAUUCUGACGAAGUACUCAGUAUUAAGGAUCUGAGGUACGAAUUAAAAGAGGUAGAGGAAAAAUUUCGCAAAGCGAUGAUAUUGAACGCUCAGUUGGACAAUGACAAAGCGGCGCUGGGAUAUCAGCUGGAGCUGCUCAAAGAUAGAAUAGAAGAAUUGCAAGAAGAGUACGCGCAGUUACAGCGCGAACACAAAGAGAAAUGCUCAGCCCACGAGCGUCUAAAGCGCGAUCACGCUACCCUCGAACGCGAGUUGACAUGUGCGCGCGACGCCGUACGAGCACGAGACGCGGCCGUGGAGGGUGCGGGCUUCACGUUCGUGGAGUCAGGGGAUGCGCAGGCGCAGGGCUUUGGUGCUGUGCCCCCUUUGGCCCUUGUCUCGCAUCACUCGCACGCCUUGCUCGAGGACGGAGGAGAGGGCACGCUCGAUGUCCGGUUGCAAAACCUCGUGAGCUCCAAGCAGGCCUUGGAGUCGGAAGUGCGGAAACUGAAAUUACAACUGAACGAAGAACGCGCGGCUAGACAAAAUGGCGUCGCCUCACACCACGACUUGGAUUAUGAGAAUGAAUUGGAAACUCUAAGGAAAUCAAUUUCGGAAGCGAAAGGGCGGGCGGCACGAGCGGAAGCGGAAGCGGCGUUACAAGCGGGCGCAGUGGCGAGACUCGAAGCCCAGGUUCAGAGGCUCAGGGCUCGGCAGGACCAUCAGGACGAGCACGAGGAGAUGCUUAAGCAGGAGAGGAGGAAGCUGCAGAGAGAGGCACGUGAAGCACUCAACCGAGUUGAAGAAUUGGAGACAGAAAACAGUCAUCUCACAAAACGGCUAGACAAACUGAAGAAUGCUAAGUCAGCACUACUCAAGGAGCUGUGA